AGUGAAACCUCUACAUGGCUGCAAAGAGAGAGAGAGAGAGAGAGAGAGACACUGCUGGUCAUUAGAGCAGCUGCUUCAGUCAUGAGAACGUGCUGCUGGAUUCACUGCUAAUAGCGCAUCCCUGGCAGAAGGAGACUGCAUCAGUUCAGAGAUGGGUUUCGGUGAGGAUCUCCGGUGUCCACAGGCCCAUGCAGCUGUCAUGAGGCUGUUGGACUCUGAGCUUCACCUGAUGGAGGUCAUGAAGAAGUGGAUGGGUCAGCGGGCGAAGAGUGAGCGUGAGUUUUCAGUGCAGCUCCACCAAAUGACUGCCAUGGCCGAGAAGAUGGACCGGCCUCAGACCAGUUCGGGCCUGGAUUACAUCAGUCAGCUCAACAAGUCGUGGGGAGUGCUGGUCUUACAGACAGAGUCCCUCAGUCAAGUGAUGAGGAGCCGCUCUGAGGAUCUCCUGGAUGGGCCUAUCAGCAAACUGACACUGCUCAUCAGAGACAAACAGCAGCUCCGCAAAACCUAUGCAGAGCACUGGAACCUUCUGAGGCAAGAGCUCAACAAGGUGACCCAAACAGAGCUGGAGAGGCUGAAAAACAGCUACAGGCAGGCAGCUAAAGAUGCAGCUCAGGCAAGGAGGAAGUACCAGGAUACCAGUAAAGAUAAGGAGAGAGACAAGAACAGGGAGCGUUUCAUAAAAACUUCCAUUAAACUGCACGAGCUCCACAAUGAGUACGUGCUGUCAGUGCAAGCAUCUUGUGUUUACCAUCAGCAUCACUACAGCCAGAUGCAGCCGGCUCUGCUCAGUGCACUGCAGACCCUGCAGCAGGAGAUGGUGCUCAUCCUGAAAGAGAUCCUGCAGGAAUUCUUCGACAUCUCCACCCUCCUCCACCAUGAAGUGGUGAAGAUCCACAGUGAGAUGUCAUCUGCCCUCACAGCCAUCGAUCCUCACAGAGAAUAUGAGAGCUUCAUCCAACAGAACCGGUCUGUGGGUGAGAUUCCUGUUUUUGCAGAUUUUGACUGCAUCCUCCUAGAGGACACUGAGAUGCUGAACCCCAAAGAGAUCGAGCUGAAUGACCUCACUCUUGAGAUGAUCCAGCACAAGCUGACUGCAAUCGAAGAGGAGCUGCUGGACCUGGCAAAGUCUUUGAGCUCUCAGCAGAUGUCUGUGGACCAGCUGGAGAUGGAGCUAGAACAGGAGCAGGAGGGAGGCAAGAAAGGCCAGAGGGUCUAUCAGUUCAGCAAGAGACAUGCGAUGGAAGAGUGCAGGCAGCAGGUUGCUCUGUCUCAAGGUAUAAAGGCCAAACUGGAGAUUCAGAGACUUCUUCUGAAAGAGAAACUAGACCAGCUGGGUGUCGGAGAACCUCCACAUGCCUUGAGGCUGGACAUGGAUUCUGUUUCACUAUUAUCCUCAUCAAGCCAUGACAGCAUUCAUAUUCCGGGUAAAAACCUCAUGGAUGGACUCAAGAACAAUCUGACCAGCCUGUUCAGACACAAAUCUGAGGUUCACCCAGUCCUCUCCAGCGUGCAGGAAACAGACCGUCCCCUGUGUCAGCAAGACUGGUACCACGGAGCCAUUCCCAGGCUGGAAGUCCAGCAGUUACUCAAGAAUGAUGGAGACUUUCUGGUGAGAAAGAGUCAGGAAAAACAGGUUCAUGUCAUCUCUGUGCAAUGGGAAGGAUCGUGCAAGCACUUCCUCAUUCAGAACACGGAUAAUUUGUACCGUCUGGAUGGAGAAGGCUUCCACAGCAUCCCGAAGCUUAUCCAUCAUCUGCAGUCGUCAGGCCUACCCGUCACCAAAAAGUCUGAGGCUACCCUGAAGAAACCCAUACUAAAAGAUAAAUGGGUGCUGGAACAUGACGAUAUUAUCUUGGGACCCCUUAUUGGAAAGGGCAACUUUGGAGAGGUGUACAGCGGCCGUUUACGCUCUGAUUACACUCCUGUAGCUGUGAAAUCCUGCAAAGAGAGCCUGGCUCCAGAGCAGAAGAGCAAGUUCCUGAUGGAGGCCAGGAUCCUGAAGCAGUAUAACCAUCCGAACAUUGUAAAACUGAUCGGAGUCUGCACGCAGAAACAGCCCAUCUACAUCAUCAUGGAGCUUGUUUCAGGCGGGGAUUUUCUCUCCUUCCUGCGGAGCGAGGGUCACAGUUUGACGGCUAAGAUGUUGGUCAAAAUGACUGAAAAUGUUGCAGCAGGAAUGGAGUACCUGGAGAGUAAGAAGUGCAUCCACAGGGACCUCGCAGCAAGAAAUUGCCUAGUUGCUGAACGCAACGUGGUAAAGAUAAGUGACUUUGGGAUGUCCCGCGAGCGAGAUGACGGUGUCUACUCUGCAGAGGGGGGUCUCAGACAGAUCCCUGUCAAAUGGACCGCUCCAGAAGCCCUGAACUAUGGUCGUUAUACCACACAGAGUGAUGUGUGGAGCUUUGGAAUCUUAUUGUGGGAGACCUUCUCUAUGGGGAUGACUCCGUACACGAGCAUGAAUAACCAGCAGACACGGGACGAGGUGGAGAAAGGAUACCGUAUGCCUGCUCCUCACGGCUGUCCCGUAGAGAUCUGCAGGGUCAUGAACAACUGCUGGCAGUACGACCCUAAAAACAGACCAACUUUCAGAAAAAUUCGGGCUGAGCUCAGUGCCAUACACAACAAAGUCACAUGAUACGACCCUCUCCAUUAGACUUUUUUAUCCUGUUUUUUUUUUUAUUAGUAUCUGUAUACUAUUUUUAUAUGUUUAGUUUCUCUCUGAUGAAAAGUUAAGUCUGAACACUUAAAGAUCCAAUAAAAAAAGAAAGUCUAUUGAU